AUGGCCGCGUCCGCCGUGUCCGUCUGCUCCAGCGACCUGAGCUACGGCAGCCGGGUCUGCCUGCCCGGUUCCUGCGAUUCCUGCCCCGACUCCUGGCAGGGGGACGACUGCCCAGAGAGCUGCUGCGAGCCCCCCUGCUGCGCCCCCAGCUGCUGCGCCCCGGCCCCCUGCCUCACCCUGGUCUGCAGCCCAGUGAGCUGUGUGUCCAGCCCCUGCCAGUCAGUCUGCAUCAGCACCUGCACGCCCUCGUGCUGCCAGCAGUCUAGCUGCCAGCCGGCUUGCUGCACCCCCUGCCCCUGCCAGCAGGCCUGCUGUGUGCCCGUGUGCUGCAAGCCCGUGUGCUGUGUGCCCGUGUGCUCUGAGGCCUCCUCUUCAUGCUGCCAGCAGUCUAGCUGCCAGCCGGCUUGCUGCACCCCCUCCACCUGCCAGCAGGUCUGCUGUGUGCCCGUGUGCUGCAAGCCUGUGUGCUGUGUGCCUGUGUGCUGCAAGCCUGUGUGCUGUGAGCCUGUCUGCUCUGGCACUUCCUCUUCAUGCUGCCAGCAGUCUAGCUGCCAGCCAGCUUGCUGCAUCCCCAACCCAUGCCAGCAGUCCUGCUGUGUGCCCGUCUGUUGCAAGUCUGUGUGCUGUGAGCCUGUCUGCUCUGGGACUUCUUCAUGCUGCCAGCAGUCUAGCUGCCAGCUGGCUUGCUGCACCUCCUCCCCAUGCCAGCCAUCCUGCUGCAGACCUUCCUCCUGUGUGUCCCUCCUUUGCCGCCCCGUGUGCAGCCGCCCGGCCUGCUGUGGCCUCUCCUUGGGCCAGAGGUCCAGCUGCUGA